AUGCCGAGGAUGGAGGACCUCAGUAUGGAGAUUGACGGGGACGUCCCUUCGCAGGACGAAUUGGAAGAUGAGGCAAGAAGUAGUAACCUCCUCCGGAUAUUUGAGUCAGCAGCACUUGCAGCUGAUGGGGCCCGAGUGACACAUUUGAAAGCGACACCAAGCCCCCGGCUUCGCACAGGACUCAUGGUCCACCAGAUGGCAUCGCUCGCCUUCAUGCUGGAGAAAGAGAGCGGCUUCAUAGAAGAGCCAGCGUUCCCAUCGUUUUGGAGAACAGAACGUUCCGAGGGAGGCGCGACCUUGCAGUAA